GCAGGGCCGAGACAUCGACCUGACAUCGCUGAGAUCCACCAUGCCAGCCAGCGGCCCUCUGCAGGGAGGUUCAGCCUCUAAUUUGAACAUGAACCUGUAUGCCACCAAAAAGACAGCAGCUGAGGGCAUGUUGGACAUCGCUCUGUUCCUGGCUAACAUCACACACAUGAAGACUGUAAUCGAACAGGGAGCUGGAUACAGGUAUUACAUUGCUGUCCUGACACUCAUCUCCUUCUCCUUGGCCCUCCAGAUAGUGGCUGGAGUCCUGAUCAUCAUCAUUGCGCGGCGAGACGUCACCGAAGAGACCAACCAGAAGCGCCUGGACAGCCUGAACAACACCACAACCGUCAUCAUCUUCCUCAUUUUCAUCACCAACAUCUUCAUCUCCGUCUUUGGGAUGGAGCGCACGGGCCUCUUUGCCAGGAUGCAUUUCUGAAUUUCUGACCCCGCAGGGACCUGAACGUGGUGUCCAAUCAGAAGCGACUCGACUACCUGAACAACCUUGCUACAGGCGUCAUCUUCAUCACCACGGUGAUUAACUUCUUCGUCAGCUUCUUUGGAUCCAAGAGGACUGGCUUCUUCCGCUGGCUGCUGGCUCGACUCCACUACUGACACACACACAAACAAAACCACAUACGCACUGACAUAUCAAACACAUUUACACACCGCAACAUGCAUGCAAUUCACACACCAUUUGCAUCAUUUCCAUUUGUACACACUUGUUGAUUCAAACAAUUAUGUAUUAUUCACGCUUUGAAAAGCUGUAAUCCAACUAAAAUAUUUUCAUAUUAACCAACUGAAUAUCUGUGUAAACAUGCAUUCUUUUACUUGCUGCAAUAAUGUGGUUGUGCAAAAAUUGUGCAUAUGUUCCAUUAUACGAAU